GAUUAGCCAUUGGGUCUCAUUUCCUUUCCCUUUCUCUUCUUUCUAUAUCUUCUGCCUCUGGUUCUUGUGCCUACCAUCUCUGAUCUUUCUUCUCCUCCUCCCUUUGCUUAAGCUUCUUAAUCGCCGCCGCUUCUCCGAUCAUCAUGUCGUUCAGAGGCCUCCGACGGCAAAACACUUUAUCUGCAAUGGGUGUGAAUGAACACACCAAGAAAAUAUUUUCUGAACUACAGAGAAAGAAAAUGUAUCGAUACGUGAUCUUUAAGGUCGAUGAAAAGAAACGAGAGGUGGUGGUUGACAAGAUUGGCAGUCCUGCAGAGAGCUAUGAAGAUUUCACUGCUGCUCUGCCCGACAACGAUUGUCGCUACGCUGUCUAUGAUUUUGAUUUCGUGACAUCCGACAACUGCCAGAAGAGCAAGAUAUUUUUCAUAGCAUGGUCUCCAGCUAGUUCACGAAUCCGUGCUAAGAUGCUCUAUGCGACAUCGAAGGACAGCUUUCGACACGAUCUCAAUGGCAUACACUACGAGAUUCAAGCUACCGACCCUGCAGAGAUGGACCUGGAUGUGAUCAGAGACCGUGCUCAAUGAACAGUCUCGGUUAGUUUAAUUUGUUGUUCUCGUCGGGGUAAACCAGCUUGUAUUUUGAAUACUCAUGAAUCGGUUUAUCCCCGUUUCGAUAUAUGUAAAACCGAUCCCUUGGCGAAUGAAAACGUUGCACAAAACCGUAAAAUAAACUGACAUCUGUAGAAUGCUGAUAUCUGGUUGAUCGACAUGAUGUUGAUGUCUGGUUGCUAUGGCUGCUUCUCAGAUGUAGAUAUGUUUGUAAUAGAAAAUGUUUAGAUAUCUAUGGAACGUAUUGUCAUUGGU